UAACGCUGACGUCCACUUCGGCAACAAAAUGGCGGCGUUGACAUCGAAUGUGCUAUCGAGUCAGCGCAGUCUUACGCUGUUGUCCAGAAAACGGCCAGAAAUCACGACCCAGAGGAAACCCAGACUGGUUGGUGAUAAUGCCCUUUUAUUUCUGACGCUAGCUUGUAUGAUACAUUCAACACUGGCCGGCGGCAAAACACUGGUCUUGCUGGACAACUUGAACAUCCGAGACACCCAUUCAAUCUUCUUCCGCAGUCUGGCAGACCGUGGGUUUGAUCUGACAUUCAAGACAGCAGACGAUCCCUCCCUGUCUUUGAUUAAAUACGGCCAGUUUUUGUAUGACCAUUUAAUCCUAUUCUCACCAUCAGUUGAAGACUUCGGGGGCAAUAUCAACGUGGAGACCAUCACAUCCUUCAUCGAUGGGGGAGGGAAUGUUUUGGUUGCUGCCAGUUCUGAAAUUGGUGACCCUCUGAGGGAACUGGGCAGUGAGUGUGGCAUCGAAUUUGAUGAGGAAAAGACUGCUGUUAUUGACCAUCACAACUAUGAUGUGUCUGAUCCUGGUGAGCACACCCUCAUUGUUGCUGAUCCCGAGAACCUUCUAAAAGCCCCCACCAUUGUUGGAAAACCCACCAACAAACCCAUUCUGUUCAAGGGUGUUGGCAUGGUGGCAGACCCAGAAAACCCCCUUGUUCUGGACAUCCUCACUGGCUCCUCCACCUCCUACUCUUUUUUCCCUGACAAAGCCAUUACUCAGUAUCCUCACGCUGUUGGCAAGAACACCCUGCUGAUUGCUGGCCUCCAGGCCAGAAACAACGCCAGAGUGGUCUUCAGUGGCUCGCUGCAGUUCUUCAGUGAUGCCUUUUUCAACUCUCCUGUGCAGAAGGCCACUCCUGGUUCCCAGAGGCAUGAUCAGACAGGGAACCUGGAGCUGGCAGAGGCUCUUUCUCGCUGGGUGUUCAAGGAGGCUGGAGUUCUUAGAGUGGGAGCAGUUACCCACCAUCCCGUGGGAGAGAUCACUCCACCCGCAGCAUACACCGUUACUGACCUUGUGGAGUACAGCGUUGUAAUUGAGAUGCUUUCAGAGGGCCACUGGGUUCCAUUCGAUGGAGAUGACAUUCAGCUUGAGUUUGUGAGGAUUGAUCCCUUUGUCAGGACAUACCUCAAGAAAAAUGGAGGUAAAUAUAGCGUCCAGUUCAAGCUGCCCGAUGUAUAUGGAGUGUUCCAGUUCAAGGUGGACUACAACAGACUAGGAUACACACAUCUGUACUCUUCUACCCAAGUGUCGGUACGUCCACUGCAGCACACGCAGUACGAGCGUUUCAUCCCAUCAGCCUACCCCUACUAUGCAAGUGUAUUCUCUAUGAUGGCAGGACUAUUCAUCUUCAGCAUAGUAUUCCUACACAUGAAAGAAAAGGAGAAGUCAGACUAAAUCAGUGGACCAGGGGUGCGAAAGGCAAAAUUGGCCUUUUGGGGGGGGGGGGGGUCAAGAUUUGGGAUUAAGGGUCACUUCAGCUUCAAUAUUCUGGCGGACUCGGACUGCACCUAUUUGAGAUUAUUGCUUCUAUUUGGGUUUUUUUGGGGGGGGGUUGAACUUCAAGACUUACAGGAGUUUUGAAAGUCAAAAGGGGUUGUCACCAUGGAGUUGUUUUUUACUACAUUAUAAAGAAAUGCAGUUGAUGUGAAUGGGGGAAAAAAAAACCCAAGGCCUGCACAUAUUGUGAAUUUAGACAGAAUUUGCGUUCCUUUACUUUUGCCUCAUCUGUCAAGCAGAGCACGUGUCUAGGAACGUCUCAGAUCCACCCUGUUUGUUGUGUUGAGGGUCAAGAAAUACAAACGUGUUAACUUGCACUGAGUAUUCUGACUGGUGUUGUUUCCUGAUGGGACAUCACCACGUUUGCAACAAAAGAUGCACAUGUCAAAACACAAUAAAUGUUGACAUUCCACAA